CGGCCAUCUCCACAUCCACAACAUCGCAUCGCGACUCCUUCACACACGGAUACAACGAUCAUUUCCCACAAUUGAAUCGCGCCCUACACCAUUGUCCAAGCCCCUUCGCGAUACAUACAAAAGAAAGAGGUGGCGACGCGUCCCCGCACUAUGACCGACCAACCUGCUUUGCAGCAACACCCUGUCACGGCGGACGGUCAGGGAGGUCAUGUAGGCGAAGUAGGGCAAGUAGGCCACGAAGCUCACGAACACGAAGAACACGAAGAACACGAAGAACACGAAGGUCAAGAAGGCCAUGACAGUCACGAAGGUCAUGAAGGUGACGAAGGACAUGCAGUUCACGAAAUCCAAGAAAUCCACGAAGAACACGAAGGCGACGACGGCAACGGAGUUCACGAAGGCCACCCUGGUCAUGAUGCUCACGACAAGCAACAGACCGUCGAUACAACGACUGCGUCCGGCGUCGCGCCACCUACCGCGGCCAUCUCCACGCCGCCAGCCAAGGAGCGGCAUUCCUUGACACUGGACCAGCGACGCGCUCUCCGCCGUUGGGCCAAUUUGCAACCCAACCGCCCCAGCCAUAAGCUGUGUAUCGAGUGGUUUUAUUCGCAGUACGGUCAACACAUCUCCCAAUCCACCGUCUCGCACUCGCUGUCCCCCAAGUACUCCCGCCUCGACGGCGAUAACCCACAACUCUCCGGCUCUCGUCUUCGCUUCGGUAACUGGCCUGAUGUCGAGAAGCUGGUUCUCCUCUGGUAUCAGCAGGUCCAGGCUUCGGGCCGGCAGCCCACGAACGAUGAACUCGCCGAGAAAGCCAAGUCCAUCUUCUCCCAGCUCCCCCGCUACAAGGAAGAGCAACCUCCCGAGUUCUCCCCCGGCUGGAUCCACCGUUUCAAGAAGCGGUAUGGGCUGCUCGUCCGACGCCAGCGCCGGCUUGGCGAUCCGUCUAUAAGCCCCGGAGAGGACAUCAACUACCUGGCCGAAUGCGUCCCCCGCUUCAUGGCCAUCUCCGCCGACACAUCACCCGCCGCCAUCAAGGAAGCCGUCGUGCGGGUCGUCGGCGUGGAGGCUACACUCCAAAUCUGCGCCCUCGUCCGCGACGAGAUCCUCCGUCGCGCCCAGCAGCCGAACGCCAUGUCCCUCUCCAAUACCAGCUCGCCGCAGGUGCAGCCACCUCCCACCAUAACGCCGCAACCGCCGCACCCGCAACACCCGCAACACUCUCCACACUCACCACCCCCCCAGAAUACCCACCCGACCGACCCCAACCUAGUUGCAGCGGCUCCUCCUCCCGGCGGCGACACGCACAUGUACGGCACGGGCGAGGACGACCCGGAGGUCGUUCUGCAGAACGCCCUGCGCCAGCUGCAGCAGGAGGAGGCCGAUGCCGAGGCGAGCGCCGCGGCGGCCCGCGAGGAACGCGAACAGCGAGAGCGCGCCCAGGGCACCGCUGCCGCCGCUCUCGCCACCCCGGCCAUGCAUCAUCGGCCAUCGGCUGGCCACCCCCGCUUCACCCCUGUCCCCGGCAGUAUAGCUGGUAUCCACGGCGGCCACGGCGAUGAUCUCUCGUUGACCCCUAUAAAGUCCGAUGAACCUAUUUCUCACCAUGAGCGGCCGGUGCGAUGCCCCUUUUGCGUCAACCAGCGGAUGCUUCGCAGCAUUCGAGAGGCCGUGGAACACAUGUCGACCCAUGUGGUCGUUUAGGAUACGUGUUGUUGGAGACUGUGCGAAUAUUUUCGCAGACUAAAUGGACAGGUGCAUCCGGGAGAACGUCCGUUUGUUUGCACACAUUCCAACGGGAGACAACACGCACACACAGACACACAGACAGACACAGACACCCAGAAAGAAAGAGAAGUGGCCGAGUUCAUUCGUUUUGUGGAGGGACUAACUUUACCUCUUUAAUACACACUAUAAGCGAGGACUGGCGUUUCAUCCACAUAACGGCAUCGGAGGCAUUGGGCAGGAUGGGUUUGAAGGCACGUGCCGUUUGACACAGCUUGGGUUGGACAUGAGGAUCUUCUCCCGUUCCCUUCCUGGACGAGGGCG